AUGCUAAGUACAAGCCACCUAUCAUCCGGCGGUGAUACUCCUCUGGAACAGCCGACCGUGACGGUCAGCACUCAGCUACUUACAAAGGUCCGCAUUGACAGAUGUAAAUCCGCUUUAACCCCAGAACGCGAUCGGGCACUUUCCGGUGGCUUGACCCGAAAUGGUGAUUUUGUGCCCAAAAAGACUCAGGCACAAAAAGAUGCUGUCAAUUAAGUGUGCAUUAAAAAAAACAUCCAACCCCGAAAAAAUGUAGGACUGAUUGUCCUGUCCAAUGUUGAGGUGUUGACCACACUCACAGCAGAUGUUGGAAGGAUUCUCAGUAAACUGCACCAAGUACAACCAAAGGGAGAGAUCACAUUCUGUACUGGUGUCAAGGUGGCACAUCUUGCACUAAAGCACCGACAGGGGAAGAACCAUCGUAUGAGAAUUGUUGUCUUUGUUGGAAGUCCUGUAAAAGACGAUGAUAAAGAGAUUGUAAAGCUUGCCAAGAAACUGAAGAAGGAGAAAGUGAAUGUGGAUGUUAUUAACUUUGGAGAGGAGAGCGUAAACACAGAGAAGCUUACAGAGUUCAUUAACACAAUCAAUGGCAAAGAUGGAACUGGAUCUCACUUAGUAACAGUACCUCCAGGCCCACUUCUGUCCGAAGCUCUGGUUAACUCUCCUGUCAUUGUUGGAGAAGAUGGUGCCGGUGUGGCCAUGCAGGCCACUGGGUUCGAGUUUGGUGUUGACCCCAACGAGGACCCAGAACUUGCUCUUGCUCUCCGAGUCUCAAUGGAGGAACAGAGAGCCAGACAGGAAGAGGAGGCGAGAAAAGUUCAAACAGAGUCUGCAGUGGAAGCGGGUAAAGUUUCGACGGAAGCGACAAACGAAGAAGCAAUGCUGGAGCAGGCAAUCUCAAUGUCUAUGGGUGGACAGGAACAGCAGACCCCGAGUGUUCCAGAUUUUGGCAGUAUGACUGAAGAAGAUCAAAUAGCAUAUGCGAUGCAGAUGUCCAUGCAGAAUUCAGCUGAGAAUUCCAGUGUGAAUACACCUGCACCUAUGGAAACUGAUGAUACAGCACCUAGUACAGCUGCUAAAUCAGAGUCAGAAAAUAAGGGUGAAGAGGACUAUUCAGAAGUAAUGAAUGACCAAGAGUUUUUACAAAACGUAUUGGAGAACCUGCCUGGAGUGGAUCCUAACAGUGAAGCUAUAAGAAAUGCUAUGAGUACAUUAACUAAAGAUUCUGCCAAAAAAGAGGAUAAAAAAGAUUCUGAUAAAAAGUGAAAUCGAUUUGAUAUAUGAAAACUCUUAAUUUGAAACUCUUUGCUUUUUGUUUAUAUAUAAUUUUCAACAGCAAGUUUUCAUUUCAUUUAAAUAGUGACAUUAGCAAUGGAAAUAUUAAGUAUGUGAUCACCAAGCAUCAGCUGUAAAGUGUCAAAGGCUUGGCCUUAUUUUCAUUGAGGGAUACAGUAGUAUUUUCAGUCUUGUUCAGUUUUCAGCAUCUUUAAAUUGACUUGGUGCUUGUGUAUGACAGAACUUUGCUAAGAUAAGUAACAUGAUUACUAUUGUACUGCAUUACAAAUUUAUCAUAAAUUAUUGUUAAUGUAUAUGGUAUCUCCCUUUUUCCUUAGAUCCUUCCUUAGUAAGUUUGCCUCACAGACAACUGCUAAACAUACAACAUGGGUUCUUUGAUGUACUAGGUAACGAGCUCAUAAAUGUGACAUUUUGUUCAAAGCACUGCAGGAAUGUACUACAUGUAUUUGGUUUCUACAUUCACAUACAUACUAAGUCAUUUCGAAGUUGUUAAGUCCUCCAAUAGCUAUUCAUAGUUAAUGUUGAAAUGUUGACACCCAACUAUAAAUAAAAAUUUAUAUCUUGUA